GACGGACAAAAUAGAACCGCCUUGGAAGAACCCAAAAACAUUUGGUAAACAAAAGAGCAGAGUAAACUUCAGAUUAGAUACCAAGUAGUCCACCCAAAGUAAACACUCGCGACCGAAAGACUUCACAGCAAGUUCCGUACGUACAUCUAUCGCGUACUUAGACGAUCGUAUGUUCAGCCCGUCGUCAGCGGAUCUCGGGCAGCGUGGGGCGGCCGCGAUGGAAGCAGACGGCGGCGGCAUAUCGAAAUCAGUGGCGGUGGCGGCGUGUACGGCCAUGGCCUUGUUCUACGUCGCGAUUCUCUACUCCCCGACGCUGAUCCUCCGCCUCCCGCCGCCCACCUCCUUCAAAAGCUUCAUGAUCCGACGCUUCGUGUGCGCCGCCGUCUCCUCCGUCCUCUCCCUCGUCGUCUCCGCUCUCAUCCUCCCCAUAAGAAGCUGGGAGGCAUCUUAUUUAUCUGGUGUUUAUGGCAUCCGACUGGACCACAUGUGGCAAGCUGUGGUCUAUCCUGUUACCUUGACAUCUCUAAUGUAUGCUGGCUCUUUGGUCCUCAAGUCCAUAGCAUUGCUUGCUUCAUGGAAGGAACAGUGCAAUGAUGGUGAAGGCCAACCGUCAAACUGUACAGAAAAUGUUCUGCAAAGAUUCAUCGGCAAAGUGUUUUCAAUUGCUUCCAAUGUCUCGGCAUGGCGUAAUUAUUUUGUGGCACCAAUUACAGAAGAGCUAGUGUUCAGAGCAUGCAUGAUACCUUUGCUUCUUUGUGGAGGAUUCAAAACAUACAGCGUCAUAUUUUUCUGUCCCAUUUUCUUCAGCUUGGCUCAUUUAAAUCAUUUCUUCGAGGUAUUUACCCAGCAAAACCGUAGCUUGCUGAAAGCUUCCAUGGUUGUAGGUCUCCAGCUUGCCUAUACUGUGAUCUUUGGAUCAUAUGCAUCAUUUCUCUUUGUUCGUACAGGACAUCUUAUUGCUCCACUGGUUGCCCAUGUAUUUUGCAAUUUUAUGGGCUUGCCUGUCUUGUAUUCGCCAAGGAAUGGGAUUGUAAGUUUUGCCUUUGUUGCUGGCAUGGUUGGAUUUCUAUGGCUUCUUUUUCCUGCUACAUAUCCAGGUCUGUACAAUGAUAGUAUAGAAAAUUGCCGGUGUUGGCAGAGAUAUUGUGCUUAGGAAACAAAAUUCGCGCUCUCUGUAAGAGGAUUGUAUUGUACUUGUCCUGCUUGGAGUUCGUGUUGGUGAUGCUUAUUGCUUGAUACAACUCCAUCUCAAGUAGUAUGUAAUUUAAGUUGUGUGAAAGUGUAGAUAUGUGUACUAAUAAUAUGCACGAAUAAAUACAGCCAUUUCUUCAUUCGAUUAUCAUUUUAUUUUCUUGUUCUCCA